UGUUACAUUUGAAAAUAUUGUACAAUAAAAAUUGCUGUGAACUAUUUUGGAAAUGGAAACCGAUGUCGUGGAGUCAAUACUUAACCAGAAGGAAGAUUUAAUCAGACGUCAUUUAGUUUUAUCUUCGACUGUGCUCGAUGCCUUAAAACAAAAUGGCGUAAUAGGGCAAUUUACCUACUCGCAAAUGAAGGCAAACUCGACCAACUCAGAGAAACAGAUGUCCCUCCUUCUCUUCUGCGUAAGGGCGCGUGGGCUCGCCGCGUUGCAAGCUUUCCUCAAAGUGCUGCGCGCGACUUUCCACGGGUGGAUUGCGGACAACAUUUUGGAAGCGCAAAUUGACAAAGUUGGAUCACUGGCCGCCGUCGGAAAAAUUUCAGUCCGGGAAGCCAUCAACAGGCUUACCGCAGUCGACGGUCAGCUUCGGCCAACGGAAGAGUUCCCGGUUACCCGUUUUCACCCGACGACCGAAUACUAUCAUCGUCAUCGACCAAUACCGUCUGUUUAUUAUUUAAAUAAUCAACAUCAUCCCGAAUGGGAGUGGAAUAGGAAUGAGCAGCGAAACUCGCGGAGCUCUCCGGAAAGGUCGCGCGAUGGGCGUGGUUCGCCGUUUAGACAAAUACCCGAGAAUCUUCGUCAUCUGCAGAAAACGUUUGAGAACGAAGCCGCGGUGACGCGCAAGUCGCUGUCGAUAUUAAAACAAGAGGAAGUGACGAUCAAGGCGCUGCUGCAGCAGAAUCUGCGCGAACAACAGGAAGCGCUCUUAAAGCAGGAGGCGCUGACGCAGAUAAAGUCGCAGAUUACGGAGAUCAACUCGUCGGCGGCGUCUCUGCUGAAACAGGAUCCAGGCGACCACGUUACCAGGCGGCGACUGAGUCUACUUCAGAGGGUUCCUUGGGACGUUAAUGCCCAAACUGACUAAGUGUCCUUAUUCGAGUCGCGUUCUGGGAAAACUGAGUCUCAUGCAUUCGCGUAAAGGGUCGUCACGGAUCAGCCUGUGCAUACUCUCCGCCUAAAAUAGAUUUGGGCUAAGAAAAAGCUUCAUUUAAGCGAAAUAUAGUAUUGAGCAGACUGCACAUACUAGUAAUUUAUUUCGGUACAAGACUCUGACUAAAUGUACGAUAGCCCUUAUUUAACAGUCAUACUUAUCUGAGUCUUUUUAAUAGAUGGAACUUUGCCGAAAUCGAUUCUAAUUUGCACAACCAAAAGACUGAAAUAUUAUUUAUUUAUCGUAUGAUUGCAGUUUAUCUACCAGCGAAAGCUGGACAAUGACUUUUGAAGAAACACUGGUUCAGUAUAUUAAUUGUACGCUCCAUUCCAAACAAUGAACAUCAUACACAAACACCAUUACGUCAUUUCAUACAAUUGGAACAUCUCUUUAGUGAAUAGACAAUAUUAACAGUCACAAAAAAACUGUUUUCCCAGCAUGUAUAACGUUCAGUAGACUUACUUUUUUUCUAAAGUGUUAAAUCCGUCAUUAAGCGCAUGUCAUGAAAAUGCAUUAUAAGACGCAUAUAGAUGUUUGACUAAGUGAAAAGACUUUGUAUUUGCUGUGUGUGUUAUCACAAAGUAAUGGAUAUGAAGUUCGACCUGAGCCGCCAAAACUUGAUCUGUUUGGUUAGAGGACAAAGGCGUUUUCUACAAGCCAAUGACACGUGUUCAAAAGUUAACACUUAUAGUCUAAUAUAUAUAUAUCUAUAUCUAUCUAUCUAUCUAUCUAUCUAUCUAUCUAUCUAUCUAUCUAUCUAUCUAUCUAUCUAUCUAUCUAUCUAUCUAUCUAUCUAUCUAUCUAUCUAUCUAUCUAUCUAUCUAUCUAUCUAUCUAUCUAUCUAUCUAUCUAUCUA